CUGCGCGUCUCUUUGCUAACCCAGUGCGAUCCGCCGCCCACUUCUACCUCGGCGCGCACCUGCUCUCUCCACCCAGACAUUGAUUUUUCAGCAGGCAGAUGGAGGAGAUCAUCCCAGUAGGCCGCGACAAUGUAUCCCCGCAGGCCCCUCUCACGGAAGUGAUAUCAACCACCUCUGACGUCGAUGAGCUAUGUGCAAGAGAUUUCUACAAUCUUCGCGGCGUUGAUGACGACGCAAAGGCAAGGAAGAAACAGCAGCUGAGGGUGAGAGAGGAACGGAUCCAAAACAGACGCCUAAAGAAGCAACGUAAAAUAAGGGAGGCUGAAGCAACCGUGGAGAGGGCCCUCAAGUUAAGAGAGAAACUGCGUCAAAACAGGCUCGAUUUCGAGGAGUCGAUAAAGGGCAGAGAGGAGGAGUUCUACUACAUCCCUCAGUGGAGGAGGGCAGUCCCUCUUGAUAAGGUGAAAGAACCGUGGCCAGAUUUUGAAUGGAUUCCGAAUCAUCCGACCGACGAGUUCGGGAUAUUUGAUCUCAAGCAUAUAAGUUGGAGAGUUGAGGAGCUCACAUUACAACUUGCUAAGUCUACUGUUGGACUUGAGUCAUAUUCAGGAAGCAAGCAUCUUUUCUCUUGCUCCGGUACUACUGUUGAGUAUCUCAUGGGUAUUGGUUAUGUGGUAACAUCUGCAAGUUUAGUUAAAUGGCCACACCAAGAUAAGCAGGCUGAUCAACUUAAGAUCGAUGUACAUUUACCAAGUGGAGAAGUACUCGAGGGCUCAGUCUCAAAUGUCGAUUUUUCUUACAACAUAUGUGUGAUUGAAGUUCCUUCAACUGUGCAACUGCCAACGAGAAGUUUCAGUGCUGACACUAGAAUUUUCAAUUUUUAUGAGCGCCAUUCGAAAGAUGUUGUAGCUUUAGGCCGUCUUUGUAAGCCUUGGAGCUUGAAUUCUUCUUUUGGAAAACUGGUUCCAAAAAGAAGCCAGUUUGAUUGUGAAGAGCUUCUUGUUUCAUCUUGCAGGAUUUCAAAGAGAGGUGUUGGGGGUCCUCUGAUGGAUUUUGAUGGAAAUAUCAUCGGCAUGAACUUCUAUGACAAGAAAGAGACCCCUUUCCUUCCAGGUUUCAUUGUGUUGAAGUGUUUGCAGCACUUCAAUGACUUCAAGAAGGUCAUACGACCGUUGCAUGGACUACGAGUUAGAACUCUUCACGAAGAUGAACAGCUUACUGCACUUGAAAAAAUACAUCAUGAGUUCCCUGAGAUCCGUGGUGUGAUCGUGGAGAAGGUCGAAGUACCUUCAGCCGAACAUUCUGAGAUACAGGUCGGGGAUAUCAUCACUCAUGUUAAUGAUGUACCUUUCUCCAGUGCUGCAGAGCUGGGUGGAAUGCUGCUGGAUACGUGCUCUCAGCACAUGCUGGAGAGACAGAAAUUGGACCCAACAAAAGACGGAAACCAGAUGGAAACAGUGAUAAGCCUCAAGUUUGAUGUGAAAACAGUGAGAGGUCGCAGAUCUGAAGCCACAACCAGAACAAUCGACGUCGGCAGGUUUACUCCUACAAGUGGAUUUAACAGGUGGCCGCUGGGGAGGCCAUAUCUUAUUCGGUGGGUCAAGGACGGAACCCUUUUCACCGAAAAGCAGCGUGGCUAAGAGCAUCUCUAGUAGAACCAUCAAACCCUUAAAUGUAAAACCAGUUUUAAUGGUUGAGAAUUGCUCAUUUUUGACACUA